AUGACAAUGAAGUUUCUGCGAUAUGGCUCCGUGCUGGAUGCUUUCAAAGCCCUGAAGCAUCACAACAUUCUGCCAACCAUCGGGGCAUUGUCAAAGAAUCUGAGCCUUGCGGUGAUGCUCAUGACGGACGUGUUCAAGUCUGGAGCCGGCAAGCUCCACGACAUUCGACACUACUACCCGGAGGCCGAUCCUGACGAUUGGGUCUUCAUCCCAGCGGGUAUCAUCAAGAAGGAUCCGAAGACCGGCAAGGGCAUGCUGCAGUUUGGCACAGAGGUCGUGUCCAACAAGGAGGGCACCAUUGUUGGUCUGCUUGGUGCAUCUCCAGGCAGGCUAUGUCUUCAAUGA